AUUUAUUGUAGUGAACUUCCGGCUAAUGGCGGCCAAGCUUAUAAACAUUGAAUAAUUUAUGUUAUAAUCGACGGUGUGUAAUAUGCCAGGGGGGCGCCGGAUAUUGUCGAGGAUUCAGUCAUCCUCCUCGUAUCCCUCGUCUGUUCACAAAGGAUCUGGAGCAGCUGGAAACAGUAAUGGCGAUGAUCGUGAGACCAACAUGAUUCCACUGGCAUCAAUGGUUGUGUUGCCCAAACAUGCAUCCGUUCCAGAAAUCCCUGGAGACAGUAACCUGUACUUUGAGGCAAUGCUCUAUGUGUUUGGAAUAAUCGUGAUGUGUCUACAAUACAUCAACUUGUACAAGACUGUGUGGUGGCUGCCCCAUUCACAUUCUAGCUAUGCUUUGAACUUCUACCUGAUUGACCCAUACCUGGUACAGUUCCUCAGUCUGUUGAUGAGCAGGAGACUUGUGGCAUGCUUUGUACAAGAGGUGUAUGGGAGUCGGACAUACAAGGGCGUUCUGUUUUGGCUGGUACAGCUAGUGAAGGUUGUGGUAGUAGGGACUGUGGCAACUUUACUGAUCUACACAGGCUACCAUGUCGUCAUUCAGCACUCCCCACUGUACUGCCUCUUCCUGUGCUAUCCACUGGCAACAUAUCUGAUACUCUUUGGGCCUACACUGAAACCACUUUACCAGAGACAGCAUGCAUGGCCACGUGUGGCCACAUAUGGGGACAAGGGCGUGGCCAAACACCGCCCCCUGGAGAGAGAGUCAGUGCUCUAUCACAACUGUACACUUACACCAGACAUUGUCAGGGAAGAAGUGGAAGCACUCAAAAAUGACUUCAAUAAUCGAGUGAAGCAAGUUCUUUUUAACUCCAUGCUGACAGCGUACUAUAUGGCCUUUGUACCUCUCUGCUUUGCACAGAAUGUGCAGAACAACUGUGAUACUUGCUGGAACACCCUGUACUAUGACACAUGGUGGGUAGGACAACAUGUAUGUCUCACCUGGCUCAGUGCUUUUCUCAUGCUCAUUGCCCACUUCCUGUCACCUCGCUACCUUGACCUUCUGCACCGAUGUGCCCUUCACCUUGGUCGAUGGCAGCGUGUGGAGGGACGACAUGCUCAUGUACCGUAUAAUGCGUGGUCGGAGCUGCAGGUAUGGCCGCAAGGUGCUCUAGUCAAACAUGUCAGGGGUUUGUUUAAAGCUGAAGGUAUAAAUGUCACAGCUGAACCAGGAAACAGCAUGCAUGGCAGAUUUUAUUUCCUCUUUCAUAAACCACUUCGGGUGAUCAACUGGCUGCUGAUCUUGGCCUGGCUACUGGUGGCAUAUCAGUUUUUCCGCUUGCUGCAGUGCAUGGAGUGGAGUCACAUUAUCUGCCUGGCUCUCAUCCUGUUCUGCAACUACUAUACAUUAUUUAAACUGAUGAGGGACCGUUUCAUUAUGGCCAAAUGUUACAAGGAAGAAGAGAGCAUCAACAGCAACACCUAGCCAGUCAUACUGUGUGGCCAGGUAGCGAUCACAGUUUUGUGGUGGAACAUAUUAGUAAUGUAAUAAAAAUGCAGUUUUUACAAUGUA